AUGGCGGACGCCGCGGAAGACUGGAGCGUAUGGCUGUAUGAGCCGUCGCUUCCGCUGGCUAUUGUGGGAGCGAUUAUGUACACAGCCGUCUUUGUUUGGAUCACAUACCUCACGGCAUUCAAGUACCGGUCAUGGUAUUUUAUUUGUGUCCCGAUUGGUGCCUCUCUAGAGAUGGUCGGCUAUGCGAUGAGAUGCUAUUCAACGCAAGAUCAUCAAAAUAUUGGUGUGUUCGCGACAAGCACUUCUCUGAUCGUCCUCGCCCCCCUUUUCGUCGCCGCUGGCAAUUACCUCCUAAUCGGCCAACUGAUCCGCGCGGUACUACCUCCUUCGAGGCACAGAAUUUUCAAUAUCCCAGCAAGAUUACUAACGCGAAUAUAUGUGACAUUCGACAUCAUAUGCUUCUGCGUUCAGUCUUCGGGAUCUUCCAUGGCGAGCGCCAACAGCUGGGUCGGCCCACUCAGGGACAUUGCCAUGAAGAUUCUGCUUGCCGGUCUCGCGCUUCAGGUAUUGGUAUUCUCAACAUACAUAUGCAUCCUUUUGCGUUAUCACAAGUUGUCUCGCAUGAUGGCUGUACCCGAGGCUCCGGCUGGAUGGUUCGGCGUUCUUAAAGCGGUGUACAUCUCAAGUUUUCUUAUUCUGAUUCGGUGCAUAUACCGGAUGAUAGAAUUUGCCGAGGGCCCAGAGGGCUACACCAUGACCCACGAAUGGAUGUUCUGGGUGUUUGAAGGGCUCACCAUGGUCGUUGCCAUCGCCGUCUUCUGCGUGUGGUACCCUGGCAAGCAUCUAGGCCGGUUCGGAGAGAGGGAGAAACAGGCAAACACUCUCCGAGAGGAAAUCAUCCGGUCACAGCAGAACACGUGA